AUGUUCGUUAAAAUAUUAUUAAUAUCAGCAACAAUAAGUGCUGUGUACACAAAAAGCGUUAUAGUCGGCCAGGUCGGCGAGUAUAAUGCGAGGAAAAUAUACGAAAAGACCAUCGAAGCUACCGGUAUACCGUUCAUUAAAAGAGAAGAAGAGGUCUACUUCGAGUAUCCCGUUGGAGACCAGAAGAUUAAAGGGAUAGCGAUUAGGGAUUUGGACAAUGGAUUGGCUGAACCAUCGAUAAAUAGGGGCGGGAUUGGAUUUCCAUUCGUAAAUAUCAAAUUGAAAAGCGAAAGAGGAUCGGGUUACAGAUUUCUGGUAGAAAUAUACGCUUGA